GUCAAUCGGCUGGCGUCUUGGGCUGCAGGCGGUGACGGGGGUCAUCUUCCUGACCUUCCUGAUGGGGACCUUCUACCGCUCUGCCUCGCUCUACCACCCUCAGCGUCGGGCCAUCCUACACCUGAAGAACCAGAAGAGGAAGGUCAAGGAGAAGAACCGUCAGGACGACAAGCCGCCUUUCUUCGACGUGGCCACACUCAAGAGCCGCACGGUGCAGAUCCUCCUCGUCUCCAUCGGCCUCUCCUCCUUCGGCAUCACCACGCCCAUAAUAUACCUGGCGCAUCAGGCUCAGGAGGAGGGCCUAGGAGACGUGUCCGUGCUGCUGCUGCAGACGUACCUGGGGCUGGGCUGGGUGAUCGGCUGCUGCGCCUUCGGCUUCGUGGUGCUGCAGAAGAACACGGAGUGUCGAGUGGGCCGUCAGUACCUCUGCCAGGCCUCCAUGUUCCUGUGUGGGGUCUCCACCCUCGCCUUUACCGCCGUCGAAGCAGGUUAUCAUGGGUAUGUCCUCUUCGCCUGGCUCUAUGGCAUCUUCUGCGGGGGAUUCCACUACUCCCUCAAAAUGUACACGUAUGAGAAGGUCAGGGCCCGCAACUUUGCCCGGACCUGGGGAUUUGUGCAGUGUUCCCAGGCUAUACCUACAGCCAUUGGCGUCCCAAUAACAGGCUACAUCAACAUUGGCUAUGGAGACAAGGCAGGCUACUACUUCUCCUCAACAUUUGUCAUCUUCGGUUCUAUGACCAUCUUCCUCAUUGACAUACAUCGAAGGAAUGCUGCUAAGCACAAGCACACACACAAAUCUGGAGCUAACCACACUUGUGUGAAGGAGACAUGCCCAGAGAGCCGCCGAAGAGACUCUUUGGCCCACCUAACUCGUGAAACAUAUAAAGCGCACACUCCAUCCCUCGCACUUCUACAGCAGCGAUCCUUUGCAUUUGAUAUUCCAGAACAAAGGAAUAAACCUGAACUUACCUGUAUUUCUGAGGAGGGCAUAGCUGAUAUGGAUAUUCCUGACCAUCUUCUGGAGGAACUGGAGUACCUCGGAGAUUGCAUUACCUCAUGUGACAAAGUCGAAAAUUAUCUUAUGAUGAGUGAAUAUGAGAAUAAUCUAGUGAAAACAAAUGAAAUGCCCUAUUUAGUGGAAAGACGAGGGAGGAAGCGUUUAAUGUCCUUAACCAGGCAAAAUUCUUCACUUAACUGUAAGGACUCUCCAGGAAAAUUAGAGAAACCUCCAGAUAAAGGUGCCUCUUCAUCCAGUCAUGAGCCUUCAAAUGUAAGCAACCCAAAAGUGAAUAUAAAAUCCGGCAACCACCGCAGUAUUACAGUGAUUGAGGAAGCAUCAGUAUGAGGGUGGACUGGUAAUAUUACCUCACAGGAAGCACAUUGCCAUCUUGGCACUUCGACUUGUGAUUUCUUUUCACCGUUGGCAUUUAUUAUUGUAAGCUAUUGCUUACCAUGUAGUAUGGUGAAAAUGUGUUGAAAAUGCAAAGCUAUUUGUAACAGACAGCAUUUUUUGCAUAAAACUAUUGUCUUCCUAAAAAAAGCAAAUUGAAUUUUGUAACUGAUUUUGACAUAGAUAAAAUAAGAUAUCUGUACUGUUGAAUAUAAUGCUUGAAUAUAAAUUUCAACUAUAUCAACAACAUUCAGUGCAACAACCAUACAAUAAAUACACUUAUUAUGCAAGUGUGUUAUUUACUUAUGAAAAAUGUUUAGCUCAUUAGAAAAAUCCAAAUUUUUCCCUGAAGUACCAUAUAAACAAAGUUGUUUCUGGGUGCCAAUUUUUUUUUAUAUUGUUACAAAAAACUUGUAUUCUAGUUUUGAAGAAGUUAAGAACUACUUCCCAAAA